AUGUCGACAUUUUCAGCAAGCGAGCCUGAUCCAGAAAAACUUUCCAAAAGGCUUACAGAGCUUCUAGACAUACCAAUAUCCCAAAAUUCAUUAGCAGAUAUCGAAUCAACACAUUCUUCCAGUUUACUAGAUCCCAGUAGCAUUAAGAUAAAUAUGAACUUACGACCAGACAAUAGUGUUUACAACGGUUCUGUAGUCGGUGGAAGCUUAAGCACAGGCGACCUGCUACCAACAAAUAAACCUAGCACGGGGUUAACCUCCACGCGACCCCCAAAUCGACGCGCACUUUCAGGGGGAGAUGGUGCUAGUCUCCGUAGUGUGUCGCGAUUGCCGAGGCCUCCCCCUGUUCUUAUGGCUGGUGAAAACCGACGAUACUCGGUAUCUCCACCACACUCCUUAAAUUCUAAUGUCACGUCAACAUCGACGUCGUUAGGCAGGCACUCUAUUCCUCGGUUUGAGCUCCCUGGAAGUGCAGCCGCUACAGACGUUAUUUCUAAUUACAGCAGAAAUUCGCUUUACCGUGCUCUGCAUAGUAAACGAAACUCUUUUUCUUCAGACAGCUCCAACUAUCACAGUGACGAUGAAGACGACAGUUCAUCACUAGAGUCUGUUUCCGUGAAUCCUGUUGCCGAUACCUGGUCUACACGAUAUUUUAGCGCUACAUCAGGGCAAGGGAAUUCGCGAACAUCCGCCUCUGUUCGUCCUGUGUUACCCCGUCGUCGUAGCAAGGCUUGUGACUCAAUUUUGGACCCCUCAGACCACCUUCAUAGUGCAUUUAACAUUCAGACAGAAGAAUCUGGGCUUAAUCUUGCCCAGGAACAGCCGGAAACCAGUUCUAAUUUACCCAUAAACGUUGCGGGUGGAACCGCAACAAGUUUCAAAGUGGAACAAGAACAAAAUGUUGUGGAGCCAAUGGGAGGAGACACACAAGGUCGCCCACUCGUACAUAUAAAUUUGUCUCCCCGCUCCUCCUCCGCGUGCUCCCUAACUAAUCCCAAUACCAACAACAUCAACAACAACAACAUUAAAAAUUCUAACUGCUCCAAUAAUAAUAAUAAUAAUAAUAAUAAUAAUAAUAAUAAUAAUAAUAAUAACAACAACAACAACAAGAGCGCCGCCAUGACAAACAACUAUACCGGCGGAGUCAACGCUGGUCAGCAUCCAGGUGCCGAUGACUAUUAUCUCAGCGGAAGCGCAUAUGCUCCUAGUGACAGUAGUGACAAUAUGCACCCUGGUUCGGCAUCGUUUUUACCUGGGACAUCUUCCUCAACUCACCUUGAUCCGCAGCCCAACACUAGUUCUGCUGCGGGUGUUACAGCACAUAGAACCCAGCCUGAUUUUCACGAUUCGCCAAACGUUUAUGACGAGAAGGCUGUAGGAAUGGGUGGCAGCGCCGGAGCCAGUGCUGGUGCUGGCACUGGUGCUGGUGCCGGAGGAGCUAAGCGUGGUGGCUUAGCGGGGGUUUGGUCUCGCCAUAAGAAGCUGUGCUUAUUUUUGCUUCUUUUAAUUGUUAUUAUAAUUCUUGUCGUCAUUCUUGUCCCGAUCGGUGUCGUCGUCGUUGCCGGCAAUAAAGAUGACAAUAAAGACAGUAAUAAGAAUGCCGAUGUAGCUGGGGCUUCAACAGCCUCAAGUGUUUCGGGCACUGCAACUGCAACUCAAUCUUCGCACGCUACUUCUACUCCUUCAGCCUCUUCAUUACCAGCAAAUUUGAAAAACACUAUUUACGAUAUUGAUACAUGGUUGGAUACAACUGACUUCAACACGACAUAUACGUCUGAGACUGUUGGUGGUAUUCCCGUUAUGGGCCUCAACUCCACUUGGGAUGAUUCCGCUCAAGCAAAUUCGCAGGUUCCACCUUUGAAUGAGAAUUUUGAAUAUGGAAAAAGACCCAUGCGAGGUGUUAACGUUGGCGGCUGGCUUAUUUUAGAACCAUUUUUAACACCCUCAUUUUUUGAAAAGUAUAAUUUGAGCCUUGGUAUUAUUGACGAAUGGACAUUGUCAGAAUAUGUUCGUGAAAAUGAGGGGGAUGAUGCUUUGAAAAAUCUUUUAGAAACGCACUAUGCCACAUUUGUCAAUGAAACUACAUUCCAGGAAAUUGCAGAAGCGGGCUUAGACCACGUCCGUAUCCCCUUUGGCUACUGGGCUAUCCAAACUUAUGACAAUGACACGUUCCUCCCCCAAGUUUCCUGGCGCUAUCUCCUUCGUGGUAUUGAAUGGGCUCGUAAGUACGGUCUUCGUGUCAAGGUUGACUUGCAUUCUGUUCCUGGCGGUCAAAAUGGUUGGAAUCAUUCGGGCCGUCAAAAUCACCUUGCUUGGCUCAAUGGCACUAAUGGUGAACUGAAUGGUAACCGCACUUUGGAACUUCACGCUCAGAUUUCAGAGUUUUUUGCGCAAGACCGUUACAAGAAUAUCGUGACUAUUUAUGGUCUUGUCAAUGAGCCGCGCAUGACAUAUCUCAACGUUACCGUUGUUGACGACUGGACCGAAAAGGCCUACGAUGAUGUUGAAGAACAUGACUAUGAUGGAUAUAUUGUCUAUGGCGACGGGUUUUUGGGUGUUGAUGCUUGGAAGGGUGUUUUUAAUCAAUCUGAUUUCCCCAAAAUGGUUAUGGAUGUCCAUCAAUACACCAUCUUUGAUUCCUACCUCCUUCAAAUGACGCAUGCAGGGAAAAUCAAUUACGUAUGCUCAGAGUGGAAAAACCAACUUAACCGUUCUUCGAAUCCACUAACAGGCCAUGGCUAUACAUUUGUUGGUGAAUGGAGUCAGGCUGACAAUGACUGCACACCUUAUCUUAACAAUGUCGGUGUCGGAUCCCGCUGGGAAGGAACGUUUGACCCUGAAGUCAUUGGCACCAAUGCCGUUCUGACGCCCUCAUGCAAUGGGCAAUCAGGCUGUUCUUGCACUGAAUCAGUCGCCCAUCCUAGUAACUACUCUGAGGCAUAUAAGACAUUUUUGCUGCACUUUGCGGAAGUCCAGAUGGAAGUGUUUGAAGAAUACUCAUGGGGGUUUAUGUACUGGAACUGGGAUACAGAAACUUACAAUGCUACCCAAUGGUCUUACAAAAAGGGCCGUGAGUACGGUAUUCUUCCUCAGCUGGCCUACGAACGCUCUUUUAACUGCUCUGCCGGCACACCGGACUAUGUUUCUUUGGGUCUUCCAGAGACUUAUUAA